CAGCUCUCCACCCUCCUGCUUUGGCUCGUUUACUUGGUGAAAAGAUAGUCUCAUCGAUGCGGCUUCAUCAAGCGAUCUUCUCACAUCUAGUCACUAGGGGCAGGCCUCUCAUCACACCUUUUGUUCGAUACAGACCAUUUACCGCCAUGGCCUCGCCUGCAGUCUUGAUACCGAGCGAGUUCAUGUGCGACCCAGGCGCACCAGCUCAGUCUGUUCAGAAACAGCAGAAUGGUCCGCAGCAUAAUGGCCAGCAGCACAAUGGCCAGCAACGCAAGCAAGGAAAGCGGCCAUUCCAGCAGGCCAACCAGAAUCAUAAGAAGUCAAAGAAGCUGCGGAAGCGUGAGCGUGACAUGCAAUCUGGAUCGCACGAAGAUGUACUUGCUCUGGACAUUCAGGCCUUGAAGUUAGCGAAUGAGUCAGUUGGGGACGAAACUGAAUAUAUUCUGCCAGAACAGGGCAGUGAAAUUGAGGUUGAAGUGUUGGAGCUUUCAUCGACUGGCGACGGACUUGCACGACAGAAAGGCUCGAAGGAGAUCUACGUCGUGCCCUUCGCAGUGCCCGGCGACACGCUCAAAGUGAGAGCCUACCGCCAGCUCAAAGACGAGGGAUAUACAGUCGCAGACUUCCUAUCGGUGGUCAAGCCAUCGCCCAUGCGCGACGACAGCAGGAUCAACUGCAAGUACUUUGCGACUUGCUCUGGUUGCCAGUUCCAGUCGAUGGAUUAUGCCGAUCAGCUGCAACACAAAAAGCGCAUUGUGGAGAAGGCUUUCAAGAACUUCUCUCAAUUACCCCCAGAACUCAUACCGGCCAUCCAGGACACCAUCGGCAGCCCACUUCAGUAUGGUUACAGGACGAAAUUGACUCCCCAUUUUGAUGGCCCCCAGGGGUGGAAGAGGACUAAGGAGCCCUUCAAGAGCAAGCCAGCCGUCGGCUUCAUGCCCAAGGGCAAGCGGACUACCAUGGACAUCGAGGACUGCCCCAUUGGUACUGAUGCUGUGCGAAUGGGAAUGAAGACGGAGCAAGCGAGGAUGGAGGUUGAGUUCAACAAGUACACCCGCGGUGCCACUAUUCUGCUUCGUGAAAGCACGGAACGGAUACCGAAGGAUGCUUCUCCGCCUCGGCCAGCCACACCAACGGAUGCCAUCAAGGUCGAGUCGGAACCCUACACAGAUCUGAAGACGUGUAUCACCGACAACAAUGCGACAUCGACCGAGUAUAUCGGUGACUACAUCUUCUCGAACCCAGCUGGUUCCUUCUUCCAGAACAACAAUUCUAUCCUGCCUCCAUUUACGGAUUAUAUCCGGCAACACAUCCUGCCACCAUCCACCCCAGUCAAAUACCUCAUCGAUGCCUAUUCUGGAUCUGGGCUGUUCACCAUCACUCUCGCGUCUCUAUUCCAGGGCAGCACGGGCAUCGACAUCGCCGAAAAGUCCAUCGAGUUUGCGCGUACGAAUGCUCGUGCGAACAAUCUCCCCGAAUCGCAAUGCAACUUUAUUGCUGCUGACGCAGGUGAGCUAUUCAAGAGCGUCACGUACCCCGCCGAUGAGACUGUCGUCGUUCUUGAUCCUCCGCGGAAGGGGUGUGAUGCCAGUUUCCUGGGUCAACUGCUGCGAUUUGGGCCGAAGCGGGUCGUGUAUGUCAGUUGCAAUGUGCACACGCAGGCGAGGGAUGUCGGGAUGCUGGUCCGAGGUGAGACGGGAGUUCCUACUGAUGGAGCAGCAGGUGGCAGCCAUAAAAAGAAGGUCAGAUACGAGAUCGAGAGUCUGAGGGGCUUUGACUUCUUCCCUCAGACGGGCCACGUGGAGGGUGUCGCGGUACUGAACCGAGGCGAGAUCGCCGCCGAUGACAUCGACGCAAAUGAUGACGCUACUGCUAAGGUCGAGGAUAACGCAAGCGCUGCUGUCCAGGCUGAGGCUGAGGCGAUGGAAGCCACCCUGAUGUAGCGUAGAAACGGGGAGAACAUUGCGGGAAAUAUGAGGCAUGAGGGUGGGGCUUAGUUGGCUGAACUGUACGGAUAGACUCAACAACGAGGUACGGGGAUAUUGUAUUAAAUCCGACAGCCAUAGCUACCGAUGGGGAUGGCUAUGGUGCAACACCGACCACUUUGAUGUACGCUUUGGUCGUGUUCUUCCGCUCAACCACUAUCCAGUGGUCUCAUCCUCGAAUAUCGGCAUAUGGCAAGCAUAUUCACGAGUCUGCUGACAGGACUAAGCAGCGGGGCAAUGGGAUACUUGUAACUAAGCCGUACAAGCCGGGUUUAUGCCGGGGUAGUAAAUCAAGUGGCUAUCUA